AUGCUCACAAGCCUUGUUUUCUACCCAUCACUCGGUUAUAAUCUCAUCAGAAACUACGUCCAACCAAACCGUUGGUCAUGGUAUAACCGUGUCGAUGACACUCUCAUCCUCGGUGCAAUGCCAUUUCAAUCGAUGAAAACUGAGCUUGUCCAAAAAGAGAAUGUGGGCGGAGUCGUGUGUUGUACUGAGGAAUUCGAGUUGAAAGCGGCGAUGAAUGCGAUGAGAGAAGAGGACUGGAAGAAAGAAGGUGUCGAGUUCUUCGCCGUUCCGAUGAAAGAUUUCACGGGAACAGCGCCACGUGCUGAGAUUAAUGAAGCUGUCGAGUUCAUUGAAAAUGUGGCGGCGAAGGGAAAAACUGUUUAUGUUCAUUGUAAAGCUGGCAGAACCCGAAGCGCCACAGUUGCCACGUGUUACCUCAUGAAAUCCCGUAAUUGGAUGUCAAACGUGGCAUGGGAAUUCCUGAAAGACAAACGUCAUCAAGUGCUUCUUCGUAAUGCUCACUGGAGAACUGUCAACGAAUAUCGCCGAUUUUUGGAUUCCUCGACGUCGACUGCCACGUCAUCAUCAUCUAAAUAG